AUGGUGGGCCACCGUGUCAGGGUCUCAGCGUUCGGCGGGAGGAAUUGGCAAUUGGCCGAUAGCCGCCGACGCGUUGAUUUUGCUGGCGCCGGCGCCGGAUUGGACGGGGACGCGUCAGGGAAUGACGUCCGGUCUGCGGCGCUUGGGCGUUGGGCCAUGGCUGAUGAUGCGGUCUGCGUGCGUGGCUGGCCGUGCCUGCCGCGGUGGCUUUUGACCGCCCGUGUCGUCGUCCUCAGUGGCUCAGUGGAGCCUGCGCCCGCGCUGUGCCGUGCCAUCGGGGGCCUGCCCGCGUGCGCCGAGCAGCCAGGGCCGCCGGGACCAAGUGCUCAUGCGCCGGGGCAGGCCGCAGCUCGCCGGGCAGCCGCGCGCCAUGGCCGGGCCGCCGCGCCCGCGCCUCGGCCGGGCAGCCGCACACGCCGUGUGCCAUGGCAGGCCGCCGCGCCUGCGCUGCCGGGGUGCCCUGCACGCGCUACGCCGAGGCCGCCGUCUGGGGGCCUACGCGCUGCUUGGCCCGCGCCCGCGACGCACCGGUGGGGCUCGGCCGCCUCGCCGGGAUGGCCGCGACUAAGGCUGCGCUCGCCAGAGACGGGGGUCACCAACCGCCAGGGCCGCGCCCACGACGCGAGCCGCCGGGGCCAGUGCCGUCGUGCCCACGCGCCGAGGUUGGGGCUGGGGCCGCGUGCCCGCGCCACCAGAGGGCCGCACCAUGGCACCGACGUCGGGGCCGCGCACCCGCUCAGUGGCCGCAUAGGUCGUGCCCACGUGUUCGCGCUGUUGAGACCGCGCCGAGCCGCCGCGAAGCCCGUACCUGGGCAUCGCGCCCUGCCUGCUGCACCAGGACGGCCGGCCGCCGCCAGGAGAUGGAGUGGUUGCAACCCUAACUGCCAGCACUCCUCUAGAUGUCUGGGUCGUCUAGUGGGCCGGUUGAGGAGGUUGCCUAGCCAACUGCCUGGCUGGAAUCGGCCUGAAUGGGCUACCUGCGGUUGGGCUGAAUCCUUUACCAUUUUUUCUGAUUUUCUGCAAUUAUAAUCAGACGAACAUUGUGUUCAUUUAAAUUACUGUUUUCAACAGUGUUGAGUAUCUAAAUUUAAAUAUUUAGAUUGCUUAUUAUAUAUGUAAUUGUACAUACUUGUCUGUUUUUAGUAUAAAAAAUGCAGACUUGUUAGUGAAUUAUAUUUUUUUUA